GCGUUGCGUUCAGAGAGAAGACACUGAAGAAAGAGAGAGACGGAGGACGGGAAGGCAGAAGAGAGGAGGGAAUAGUAAAGAAUUCAGGAAUAGACCAUUUUUUUUGUUUGUCUACGUGACGUUAGGUUUUCCGUAGAUCAAGGAAAAGUCAACCGCUUUUACGUUGCAACAACACGAGGACAGAGAGAGGAGAGAGACGGCACCGAAGAGCUUGUCUUUGUAUUUACAAUAAGUGUUAGAUGCUACUGCUGAUUUGUCCUAAACCUUUUGUACGCUGUAUUCUAAUACCGUAAAUAACUCAUUAUAGCCUUUAAAAAAUAUAUAUAUUUUUUUAGGUCAAUUUGAUUUGGAAACCACGAAGUGAACCUAAUGCCUUGCUCUUUUUUUUUGCAAGAAAGGAACAAUCUCAGUAAUAUACUUGAAUUGAAUAGCUUCUUCUUAUGAGAAUCACGGCUGUUUAGCGCGAACAAUACCCGAAACAACGCGUCUGAAACUCGCUCUACCACCACAACUUUCAGCAUUUCCUUCAGCCGACCGACCAUGGCUGCGGUUACCAGCCCAGAGACGAGCCCUCAACCCCGGGUAUAUUUCCAGACGGUAGCCGCCGGUUCAACCGAAGAACCGGAGAUACCUGUUCGGAAGCAAGGGCGAGUAACCGUCAAAUAUGACCGGAAAGAACUAAGAAAGAGACUAAACCUGGAAGAAUGGAUAAUCGACCAGCUAACGGCUCUUUACAACUGUGAGGAGGAGGCUAUACCAGAGUUGGAGAUAGAUGUGGAUGAGCUGCUGGACAUGCCUAGCGAUGACGACAGAGGAGCCAGAGUUAAAGAUCUGCUGGUAGACUGUUACAAACCUACUGAGGACUUUGUGUCUGGUCUGCUGGAUAAGAUACGUGGCAUGCAGAAACUCACCACCCCCCAGAAGAAAUAACCUCAACCCUGAGUCACCCCUCCUCCUCACCCCCUGCCUCCUCUCUCC